GGGCGGCUCAAUUACCAAGUAUCAGAGUAAGCAGCAUGAGCUCCACAUCCCCAAAAUAGCCCGCAGAGCCUAUAUAACACCAUGCACCCAGAGAACCCUCAGUCCUGGGUCCAGAGUGGCACAAGGCCGUUGCCACCUCCUGCAGGUUCAGUGGCUGCUGACAGCAGGGCCGGGAUCCAUCGCACCUCCCAGCAGAGACGGGACUGAGAGGGAGAGAAGAAAGCAGUGCAGUGAGAGCAGCACAGAUUGAGCGCUGCCCACACAGCUGUUGUGCAGCCUCCACAUUCCUGCACAGCAUCCCAGGGCUGCGGGCAGCAUGAAGGACUAUUUCCCAUCCUCAAUGCUCCGGUACAGUCGGUAUCGUCAGAGACUGAGAGCUUCACGGACGGUUCACUUCCCCAACGACGUCGUCUUUCAGGACCACAUCAGGCAGGGGGACCUGGAGCAGGUGGGGAGGUUCAUACGUGCCAGGAAAGUGGCUCUGGACACCAUCUACCCCUCUGGCAUGGCCGCCCUGCACCAAGCGGUGCUCACGGGGAACCUGGACUGCGUCAAACUGCUGGUCAAGUACGGAGCCGACAUCCAGCAGAGGGACGAGAACGGCUGGACGCCCCUACACAUGGCGUGCAGCGACGGGCACGCCGACAUCGCCAGGUACCUGCUGUCGCUGGGGGCCAGCAUGGAGGCCACCACGGACGACGGGGAGAAGCCGUCGGACCUGAUCGACCCCGAGUACAAGGAGCUGGUGGAGCUUCUCCAGGCCGCCACCAUGGACUGAUGGGGACGGGGCGGCACAGCGGGGCUCGGGCUGGACCCGGGCUG